UUGACUUAUGCAAAUCUGGAGACUUUUGAGAAAUCUAGUAAGCCUUCCCCAGCUCACACUCUCAUACUCAGAGACUCAAAGGCGGUGGUGGUGAUGAAGCUUUUUCUUCUUCCUGGUUUUGCUUGAUCUUCAUGUGAGUCACAUAAGAUUUGAGUGGCUCUAGUGUAAGCUUUAGGUGUCAAACAAUGCUGGGUCGGUCCACAUUUUCCAGAACCGGAAACUUCCGGCCUGAGAAUCUGGGCCCCAAUGCGGUUGCUUUGAUCGGAAACCUGUGCUUCACGUUUUUCGUGUUUGGGGUACUAAUCUUCACCAUUAUUGCCGCCACUUAUGAACCUGAAGACCCUUUGUUUCACCCAUCAACCAAGAUCAGCAGUUUCCUCACAUCCAAAUCCAAUGCCACUUUCAAAUCCGAUGACACUGAGGCCAAGACCGGCGAGAAUUUCCUGGCUCCCAAUCAAACCGAGUUUGAGAGCUUCAUCAAUGCAACUGAUGUUGCUGACAUGAAGUCGGCUGCGACCGUUGCGGUGGAAGAGGCUAGAGAGGCUGAAGUGGUGCCCGGCUCCGAUUGUGAGGGUCCCAUUGAUUGCAGGGACACCGAGGUGUUCCAUUUGAUGAUGACAGCUGCUAUAGAAAAGUUUAAGGAUAUACAUUUUUACAAAUUUGGGAAAGCAGUUCGGGGUGAGAAUGAUACCACUUGUGAUAUGGCUUGGAGGUAUAGGCCUAAGGAAGGGAAGACUGCUUCAUUGUACAAGGACUAUAGGAGGUUUAGUAUUUUGAGGUCUAAUUGUAGUCCGAGUGUGGCUGAUAUUGGAGAAUACCAUACAGGAGUAAAUGCUAGGAAGAAGAAGAGGAAUCAGAGACACGGGGUUCAGAAGACGGGUGGGAAGCAAGAAGAGGGGAAGAUAUUCCCAGUUUAUGGGGAACAGGUGAAUGAUAAUCUUCCGGUGGUGGAAUCUGAGGGUUCAUUUAGCCAUGGUAAGUACUUGAUUUAUGUGGGUGGUGGAGACAGGUGCAAGAGCAUGAACCAAUACUUGUGGAGUUUUUUGUGUGCUUUAGGUGAAGCUCAAUACCUGAACCGGACUUUGGUUAUGGAUUUGAGUAUUUGUCUCUCGUCCAUUUACACUAAAUCAAAUCAAGAUGAGGAAGGGAAAGAUUUCAGGUUUUACUUUGAUUUCGAGCAUUUAAGUGAGUCAGCAUCUGUAUUGGACCAGGUACAGUUUUGGACUGACUGGGAUAAAUGGCAGAAGAAAGAUGGGCUGAGUCUUCAUCUUGUGGAAAAUUUUCAGGUCACACCUAUGAAACUUCAAUACGUGAAGGAUUCUUUGAUUAUGAGAAAGUUUGCCUCUGUGGAACCAGACAAUUAUUGGUAUAGGGUGUGUGAAGGGGAGACAGAAUCUGUCAUUCAACGACCAUGGCAUUUGAUAUGGAAAUCGAAAAGGUUGAUGGAUAUAGUGUCUGCAAUUGCAUCAAGAUUGAACUGGGAUUAUGACUCUGUGCAUAUUGAGAGAGGAGAGAAGGCACAGAACAAGGAGCUUUGGCCUAACCUUGCUCAGGAUACUUCACCUGAUUCACUUCUCGCGACCCUGAAGGACAAAGUUGAAGAUGGCAGGAACCUCUACAUUGCAACAAAUGAACCAGAAACAUCUUUCUUUGAUCCUUUGAAGGACAAGUAUACCACUCAUUUCCUUGAUGAGUACAAGGAUCUUUGGGAUGAAAAAAGCGAGUGGUACUCAGAGACCACCAAGCUUACCAGUGGAGUUCCAGUUGACUUUGAUGGUUACAUGAGGGUGUCAGUUGAUACCGAAGUGUUCUUGAGAGGGAAAAAGCAGAUUGAAACCUUCAAUGAUCUCACCAAUGAUUGCAAGGAUGGUGUGAACACUUGCAACACCGCAGCGAGCUAAUCCCUACACGUGUUCUGGAACUUUGUCAUUUGCUGCAUUGCAAAUAUCCACGGUUUACUUUUUUGUUAUUUCCUGUGUUGCAUUGAGAAAUUGUAAGCCUUCGUUUUAAUUGAUAGUUCUAGCAUUAAGUAAACGUUUUCAUGAUGUACUAGUAAUUACUUCAAAUUUUUAGCCUCAAGUUAAACUUUGGUUUUGUUUGA